AAAAGAAAUAACCAAAAUGACUUUCAACAACUAAAAUGGCUGACUUUACGUUUCAAGUUAUUUGUUAUUUAACGUAACCCUUUUAGUUAUUAGACUUUAGUUUAUUCGAUUACGAAUAAUUUAAUUAAACCCGCGUACGAAAUAGUUAGUAAAUUGAAAUUUCGCGUCGUUCGAACGUUAAUUUUACGUGUUUUUAGUGUGUUUGGUUUUAUCUAUGACUGACUAUCACGUUAAUGAACGCCGCCAUAAGGAGAAUUUCGCCUCUGCCUCCGCUUUGCCGCUACGUCUUUAAUUUUAUCAUCAAAUUAUCCUCUUGGAAAUUCUCGUAUAGUAGAGCGAGCUGAUGCGGCCGUUCAUCUAAUGCAUGGGUAGAUUAACCGAGGGAAAUGAAUAAUGAAGCGCAUAACACCGUUCCAUCCUCAUCCGCAUCCUCCACUUCGACUCAGGAGGCUGCUGUGGGGAUGCAACAUGAUCGACCAACUACCUCGGACGCUUUACGAAUACCCGCAUCGUCGGCUACGAUGAUACCCGGCAUCGCGAAAUAUUGGGUGCUGACUAAUCUAUUUCCGGGACCUAUACCUCAGGUAUCGACCGUUUACACGAUUCCAACUUCGACAUCGACCCGAAUCGAAGAUGGCAAGAACACGAUUUCGACUACUCAACCGUGCUUGUCGACUAUACCGGCUACCGAAUCGCUGACACUGAUCGGAGAACACCGAGCUAUAUCAUCGACCGCUUCGCAGCAUCAAUCUCAAAAUCGACCAUUGGUUAUGACCGCCUCAACGCAUCACUCCGCCGGUGAUAAGGCUAAAAUUGAUAAAGCCACUUGUACAGAGAGCAUGGAAACUAAUCAGGCUAUUCAUUGCGAGCUGGCCAUGGUUAACGGAGAAGCCAGGCCGCAACAGCAAAUGAUCGGCUCGUUGACCGCGCAACAACAUCAGCAAUUGCAGGAACAGAUGGCUCAUCAUCAAGCUUUAUCGCAACAUCAGGCUGUUCAGUCGUCGUCGCAUCAGGAUGUUCAUCAAAAUCGAGCUUUAGCCGCGGCGAGUUCCGGUAGCGGGGCUGGUAAAAACGACGAGCAUUGUAAAGAUCAGCAGAUGGAUACGUCGGUCAAAGAUGAACGUAUGAGUACCGAUGGUCAUAAUAGUCGAGAGAAAUCCGUCGCCACCGAGACCAGGUUACCGGUUAUAUCGAUGACUGGUAUCCAAGACGUGAAACCAGAACACCUAAUGGACGUACGCACCAUAGACGGCCAAGUACUCAAAGUGAGCUCGCACGCCGGCGACGAAACGGCCAACAAAACGCUCGGCGUCGAAGUAGUGCCGAGUAUGCCGUCCAUGUACAAGGUGAACGUCGAAGACCUGAAUCAGCUGCUCGCCUAUCACGAAGUAUUCGGCAAACUGCAACCGACUAACGCUUCGGACAUGUCUACGAACGGCGGCGACCAAAACCAGCAACAUUCGCCUACCGUAGCCAUCCUGCACAACAGUUCCGGCAUGGUGGUGAAGUCGUGCGAAACCCUGCCCAACGAUUCGAACAACGCCGGCGGCGUUAUGAGCACCGAUUUGAGCAUAUCGAAUAAUUCGACGUCCGCGUCGCCGGCUCCGGUCAUCGUGCCGACCGGUACGCAUACGUGCGAUAUAUGCGGCAAGAUAUUCCCAUUCCGGUACCAGAUGAUCGUCCACAGAAGGUAUCACGCUGAGAAGAAACCGUUCACGUGUCAGGUGUGCGGUAAAUCAUUCGAAUGCAACGACGACCUGUUGAGCCACGGAAAAUGCCACCUAGGCGGCAGCAUGUACACGUGUACCAUAUGCUUCCACGUGUUCGCCAACGACGAGAGCCUGGAACGUCACGUGAAGCGGCACGCCACCGAUAAACCGUACGCGUGUCCGACCUGUGCGAAGUGUUUCGCGCGCAAAGAGCACCUCGAGAAUCACAUACGUUGCCAUACGGGCGACACUCCGUACCGUUGCCAGUACUGUCACAAGUUCUUCACGCGCAAAGAGCACAUGGUGAACCACGUGCGCAAGCACACCGGCGAAACGCCGCAUCGCUGCGACAUCUGCAAGAAAUCGUUCACCCGCAAAGAGCACUUCGUGAAUCACGUGAUGUGGCAUACCGGCGAAACGCCGCACACGUGUCGCAUCUGCGGCAAGAAGUACACGCGCAAAGAGCAUCUGGCCAACCAUCUGCGUUCGCACACCAACGAUACGCCGUUCAAGUGCGAAAUCUGCGGCAAAUCGUUCACCCGCAAGGAGCACUUUACCAAUCACAUCAUGUGGCACACGGGCGAGACGCCGCAUCGAUGCGACUUCUGCUCGAAAACCUUCACCCGUAAGGAGCAUCUGCUGAACCACGUUCGUCAGCAUACCGGCGAGUCGCCGCAUCGUUGCACCUACUGUACAAAAUCGUUCACCCGCAAGGAGCACUUGGUGAACCACAUUCGCCAGCAUACCGGCGAGACGCCGUUCCAGUGUCAAUUCUGCCCGAAAGCGUUCACCCGCAAGGAUCACCUGGUGAAUCACGUUCGCCAGCAUACCGGCGAAUCGCCGCACAAGUGCACCUACUGCCCGAAAUCGUUCACCCGCAAAGAGCACCUUACCAAUCACAUUCGCCAGCAUACGGGCGAAACGCCGCACCGCUGUCACUACUGCUCCAAGGGUUUCAUGCGCAAAGAGCACCUGACCAACCAUAUCCGCAUCCAUACGGGCGAGUCGCCGCAUCGUUGCGACUUCUGCAACAAAACCUUCACCCGCAAAGAGCACCUGACCAACCAUCUGCGUCAGCAUACCGGCGAAACCGAGCACAACUGUACCGUCUGCUCGAAACCGUUCACCCGCAAAGAGCACCUGGUCAACCAUAUGCGCUCGCACACCGGCGAACGACCGUUCGCCUGCACCGAAUGCGGCAAAUCGUUCCCGCUCAAGGGUAACCUGCUGUUCCAUCAGCGCAGCCAUCAGAAAGGUAUACCGGCCGAGCGUCCGUUCAAGUGCGACAUCUGCCCGAAAGAUUUCACCUGCAAGGGUCACCUGGUGUCGCACCGGCGUAGCCAUUCGAACGAACGUCCGCACGCCUGCCCGCAGUGCAACAAGUGCUUCGUCGAACGAUCCAACAUGCUGAAGCAUAUACGUAAAAAUCACAACAUGGUGGUGCCGCCGUUGAUGCCGCCUAACGCGAUACCGCAUACCAAUCCGGCCAUCUUAGGCGCCGCCGGAGUUACGCCCAGUACCUCGCAAGCGCAAGCUAUCGCCGCCGCAGCAGCAGCCGCCCAAAUACCGCAGGUAGCUCAACCGAACGCCGCCAACAUACAUCAUACUUCGAAUCCGAAUCCGUUAGCUUUGAUCGUGCCUGUACCGAAUACCGUCUUGGCGACGUAUUGAUGAACACAGAGAUGCCAUCGUGAGCUUUCUCUCUCGCCGCCGCCGCCGUUCUCCUCCUCUUAUGUUUACUUCGUCACGGAGUGUAAUCCGGCCCGGAGGACCAUCGAGUACACGUUUUUGUUAGCUUUAUGUACCUGACUCUCCCCCCAUCUGCGUGUAUAGCCUGUUGAAGGGAGAUGCUCGAAAACCAGCGUGGAAGUAUUGUCCGGCCCGGAGGACCAUAAGUACUGUCUACAGAACCGGUCCAAAUGUGUGUGGGUUUACCCACGAGGUAUUUCCAGCGCGUUAGUAAUCGUUGGUUUGAGUGUGUGGAGUAAAAUCCGGCCCGGAGGACCAUCGAGUACUUUAUUUUGUUAGCCCUAUGUACCUGACUCUCCUCCCCCCCCACAUAUAGCCUGCUGGAGGGAGAUGCACGAAAACUAACCUGGGAGUAUAGUCCGGCUCGGAGGACCAUAAAUACUGUUUCCAAUAUAGAAUCCAAUUGUGUGUGGGAUUACCUCUCAGAGGUAUUUCCAUCGAGUUAGUAAUCGUUGAUUUGUGUGUGAUUUGAGUUUUACUCCCUGCUAUAUGGUGCCUCGUUUACCAAUCUUCCUGAUUCGAGUAGUACGCGGUAUUCUGUAUUUUUUUUUUUUAUAUAAUUGUGUUAGUUUUUUUCUUCUUUUUUCUUUUGUCUUGUUUUUUUUUUCUUCUCCUAAGGUGUAUAUGUACCUAUUGUAUUUGCGUACUACUAAUUUCUACUACUACUAUUAUUAUGUACUACUGCUACGUCAGAAGAAUAAUCAUUGCUACGUCUUAUCAUUAUUUUACCUACCACUCCGUUUUUAUCACCAUAAGAAUACGAAAUUCGGACUGUGCAAAUCAGUCGUUCGUUCCAAACCAUAAUGAUUUGCACGAUCCGAAUAGUACAUAUUAUUGUUUUAUGUAUGUAUGUAUUUGGAAAAAGGUAAUGGUAUUUUUACGACUGGAGAGAGAGAGAGAGGAAGAGGAGGGAAAGGAUGUCUUUCACUGGUCGUUUUUUUUUUCAAUGUUAUGGAUUUUCCCGCCUUUUUUUUGUCUUUUGAUUUAUUGAAAUAACUUCUUUAUUAGGUAUGGUUAGUAGUGUCUUUUUUUUAAUUUCCAAUUUCGGAAUGUUUUUCGAGGUGUAACGCGCGUGUUUUAAUUUUGCACUAUAUAUACAUAUUUUUCUUAUACUAUAUUAUGUAUCGGUAUUAUCGAUUUCGUUUGUUUUAUUGUAUCGUUCGUUUCUUCUCUUAUAUAUUUCUAUUUGAAUGAAUUUUCAACUGAUAGAGGACCAAAUACGUGUAUAUUGUAAUCUGUUUUUAUCAUUUUUUCGAUUUUACUUUUUUUUUUUGUAUCGUUUUAAGGAUGUAUAUUUUUUUCCUCUUUUUUUUUUUGUUUGUUUUAUAUUUCGAUGAAGGGUCCCACCUCCCGGAAUGUUCACCCUAGUUUGUUUUCGUCCUAUAAUGUAGCAAGAGAUUUUUGAAGUUUAAAAAAUGGAGAAUUUUUUCUUCUUGGGGAGUAUGGAUUUGGUGAAUUGAGUGAACGAUUGGAAGGAUAGAAAAAGAAAGGGAUAAAGGAUAAGAAAAAUUACGAGCCUUGGUUACAAUAUUUUUGUAAAUUGGAGUGUAUUGUGAAAAAAGAUUUGAAGAAGAAUGCGAAAUUCCAUCCUGUCGACUUGUUAGCGCGAGGAGAGGGGAAGGAGUGAUGAUGUGUUGUUGAAACUGUCGAAAGUGACUGAAUGAGUUUUAUCUCGAGGGAAUGAUUCGUUCGUGAACGAUUAGAUUAUGUGAAUUAGUUUUUUGUUUUUUCUCAAACUCAAAUUAUUAAUUAAUGUUGCUGAAUCGUUCGCGAACGAUCCAAGUGAUCAAAAUGAAUCGAGAGUGAAAUAUUCGAGUCUUUGAUGAAUCGUUUGCGAACGACUCAAAUUGAAAAUGAACGAAUCAAAAUUGAAAAUGAGUCGUUCGCGAAUGAUUCAUAGAGUCGUUCACGAACGAUUCAAAUUAAAGAUGAGUCGUUCGCAAACGAUUCAUGUGGAAAGUGAGUCAUUCGCGAACGAUUCAUGUGGAAAGUGAGUCAUUCGCGAACGAUUCUUGUGGAAAGUGAGUCGUUCGCGAACGAUCCAAGUGAUCGAAAUGAAUCGAGAGUGAAAUAUUCGAGUCUCUGAUGAAUCGUUUGCGAACGACUCAAAUUGAAAAUGAACGAAUCAAAAAUCAAAAUUGAAAAUGAGUCGUUCGCGAAUGAUUCAUAGUCGUUCACGAACGAUUCAAAUUGAAGAUGGGUCGUUCGCGAACGAUUCAUGUGGAAAGUGAGUCGUUCGCGAAUGAUUCAAAUAGAAAGUGAGUCGUUCGCGAACGAUUCAAAUAGAAAAUGAGUCGUUCGCGAACGAUUCGAAUUGAAAGCGAGUCGUUCGCGAACGAUUCAUAUUGAAGAUGAGUCAUUCGGGAACGAUUCAUAUUGAAAGUGAGUCGUUCGCGAACGAUUCAAUUAGAAAAUGAGUCGUUCGCGAACGAUUCGAAUUGAAAGCGAGUCGUUUGCGAACGAUUCAUACUGAAGAUGAGUCGUUCGCGAACGAUUCAUAUUGAAAGUGAGUCGUUCAUGAAUGAUUCAUAUUGAAAACGAGUCGUUUGACUAGAAAGUUUAUUCCAGCUAUGUUUUCAGUACUUUUUGGUUCAGUUUUGGUAUGUGUUGAGUUUGAUUAAUUCCUGAAAAUUGAACGGAUUUUGCGAAUGAUUCAUUUUCCCGUAGUAAAGUCGUGCGAAAAAAUUCAACGAGAUGAAUUCCAUCUUCCUCUCCUGCCGUCCUGCUCCUUUGAUCAUCAUUUAUCAACCCCCUUCCCUCUGCGUCUCCCUUUUUCUCAAUUUUACCACAUAUUGUAAAUAAUUAACGGAUGAAUUUUAAUGCUUUAACUAUUCGAAUCUUUUUCUUCACUAUUGACCCCUACCAAUAUUACCUAUUACCUAUUAGAAUUAAUUAUUCUUUAUUAAUUUAUUUUUUUUGGUACAUUUUGUAACGAUUUGAUAAUUUCGUAUACCUAUACCUAUAUAGUUGUGAUAAAAACGAAGAUAUUUUUCGAAGUCGUCGGUUAUAAGGGUGACGUUAUUUUCAUUCUUCACGUGGUCAAUUAAUAAUAUCGUAAUAUCGAACGGGAAAAAUAAUUAAUAGAAAGAAAUUGGUCUUUAAAAUGAUGAUGUUUUGAACCAGGGUUAUCGUGUAAAUUACAAAUUUGAAGAAAAAAAUUUAUAUAUUGGAGAAAAGGUGUAUUUUAUAUAUUCGUGUGUAAAUAUUAUUCAUUUUUCAUUUCGUAUUUUUUUCCUUUUUUUUUUCUUAUCCCUUAUCCGUUUUAUUUUUUCCUUGCCCGUCACUUACUAUUUUUACUCGGUCGCGUAAUGUUUAUUAAAUUUAUUUUUUUUUGGAAUAUAGGUAGGUGUUCCUUAUUUCUUUUUGUGGUAUUAUAAGUGUUCAUGAAAAUAUUUUUUGUGAAUGGAAUUAUCGUAUGAGCGAGAGGAGGUAAUUAGGUGUUUUGAGAAUGUUGUUGUUGCUGCUUGAGUUACUAUGUAUUUUAUUGUGAUGAUGGUCUUCUGAGUAAUUAACGAGCUCGUUGUUGGGGUUUUACGCUGUGGAAGACUUUAAAAAAAAGAAUCGUCUAACAACGCCUUAUGUAAGUUUAUACAUACGAGUACAUAUAAUGGAAUUGUGUAUAAUAUUGAUUGUAUUAUAAAUUAAAACAAAAAAAAUGUUAUAUUAUCACAGCGGGAAGUGCUUCUACAAAAGUUUAUUUACCAAGAAUUAAUGAAUAAUGAUUGAUUUACAAUUUAUAAUAAUUUUAACACGUUGAUUAUUCUUCUAUUGACCCGCCCCCUGUCCCUGUGUCCCCGUCCCUGUACCGCCUUUCUUAUUUAUAUCCCCCCAACCCCACCAUCCCCCAGUCCCCUUGUUCCCUUUGAAUUUUAAUAGUAGGUAAAUACAAGUAUAAUACGGAUAGAGUUCGGAUUACUUUUAAAAAAUUAAUGUAAAUAAAUUUUAUAGUCUUA